AUGGUGUUCUCAGAUAUUCCAGAACCUUUAAACCCAUCAGACUACACUUAUGGUCAAAGUAAGCCACUUUGGAUAUACCCAGGUUUAUCCUCAAAAUACUAUCAAUAUAGCACUCUAUUACUGAUUCACAUCACCUACGAAAGUCCUGCUUACCAACUACAAAUACGUCGUGCAUUUGGAAUAUGUGAUGAUGAGCCAACCAGCUGUACAAAAGGAUGCGAUCAUGAUAUACGAAAUCGAUUAUUUUGUUAUAAAAGCUGCCCGGUGGACGACAAAAAGUGUAAAUCUUCACAGUGGGAUUCAUGUACAUUUAAACAAAACUAUCAAGGUCAUUGGAAUUUCAUCGAGUCAACAUCAAAUAAAAACUAUCCUUCCUCUGAAUCACAUAAACCUAAAUGGGUUAGUCUAAUCUUUGGUGAGAACUAUCUUAUUUUCAUGGGUGAAACGAAUGAAUCUUAUUUGUGUAUACGAGAAGUACGUGAAGUUAUCCAAGACUGGUUUAUAAUUAGAUCAAGAAAACAAGCUAAUGGAUGUCAACCAAGAGAUAUUUGUCUAGAGUUAUUUCAAAGUGGCAUUCGCCGUUCACUUGAUUUGCAUAACACUAACGCAAUGGAAUUUCGACUAUCUCAAAGUAAAAAAUAUGGAUCAAAUGUUAAAACAUUGUGCAGUUUUGAAUCUCAGUCAUUCAGUUUAAAUAACAAAGCAAAAGAAUCAUCUACGGCACUCAUAUUAGUCAGAAAUAUUGAACCAUUUCAAAUGUCAGAUCCAUACAGUGAUCCUCCUGUAAAAUGUGGAUUAUAUCAAAUGAGACUUGUUGGAACAAUGAAUAUAAAUGCUGAUUAUUUAAUAAAUAAAUGGAAAUUAACUGGAAUUAUUUCAUCAGACAAAAUACAUCAUGAACAGUUUCAAAUACUUAACAGUAAUAAUAAAUCUCAAUAUAUUCAAUCUGUAAAUAUGCAUCAUGAUCAAUUGUCUACAAAAAUGAAAUAUGAUUAUUUAGGAUACAGAAUAAAUCGUUAUAAAAAGUCACCAUCAUAUAAUUUAGUCAAAAAUACAGAUUUUAUGUAUACUAAUCCUUUGAUUCAUAAUAAAAUCACGAAGACGUUUAUUUCAUGCCAUAUCGAAAUAAGUGACUUUAAUAGAACUCAUGGUUCAACAGGAGAAUUUGGAAAUAGAAUUUGGAUUCAUAAUGAUUGUUUAUAUCAGCAAAUUCAAAGUUCCUUUAAUACAAGUCAUGUAUGCCUAUCAGCGUAUAAUAUCAUACCAGUUGGAUUUAAUGACAAGAGACAAUUAAUCUUGAUAACUUAUCAUAUUAUAACGAAAACAUACUAUUGUUGGAUAUUUAAAGAAAUUAAACAGAAUAAUAUUCAAAGGUAUUUAGUUUUUCUAUUCGAUACACCACAAUGUCAAUAUCAUCGACUUCCUUCAGGUGAUAUACAAAUCAAUGAAGAAGAAGCAAUAGCUCAUAUCAGUUUAACAUCAGCUACUUGUAUUAAUUGCGCAUUUAAAUCUGAUCAAAAUUCUAAAGAAUAUUCUCAUAGUAAAAAUUUAAAAAGACCUAAUGUAUUACGUAUUCAAACGAAUCAAUUAAAACAACAACGUCAAUCACAACGUGCUCUACGUCAAAGUAUACAAUUCAAUUUGAAAAAUAUUAAUUGGAGAAAUCAAAUAGAUUUAUGUACAUUUCGAAUAUUGAUUUGUUUAUCAUUUAUGAUUUAUUUUGUAAAUACAUUUAUUUAUUUAUAA